GUCCCGUGGCACCUGGCGGGGUUGAGGAGGACACGCAGGCCCGGGAGCGACGACGAUGGACGACCACAGUCUGGAAGAGUUCCGUCGGCGCUGGCAGGAGGAGCUGGCGCAGGCCCAGGCGCUGAGGAGGCGGCGGCGGCCCGAAGCUGCCGAGCGGCGUCCGCGGCGGCCUGAGGUGGACCCCGGGCGCGGCGAGCAGGCCUCAGGGUAUCUGGCCCUGGCCCAGGGCCUCCUGGAGGGCGCAGGGCGGCCCCCGGCGACGAGAACCAGCCGGGGGGACCGGCAGGACGCGGCCAGCCGUUCCCGCUCCCCUCCGGUUCGCGAAGCCCCGGCGGGCGGGGAGCAGCUGGUGGACCAGCUCAUCCGGGACCUGAAUGAAAUGGAUGAUGUGCCCUUCUUUGAUAUCCAACUGCCUUAUGAAUUGGCAAUCAAUAUAUUUCAGUAUCUGGACAGGAAAGAGCUGGGAAGGUGUGCACAGGUGAGCAAGACGUGGAAGGUGAUUGCUGAGGACGAGGUGCUGUGGUACAGGCUGUGCCAGCGGGAAGGGCACCUUCUAGAGAGUAGCAUCUCUGAUUAUUCAUGCUGGAAGCUCAUCUUCCAAGAGUGCCGUGCCAGGGAGCACAUGCUAAGAACCAACUGGAAGAAUCGCAAAGGUGCUGUGAGUGAGCUGGAGCAUAUUCCUGAUGCAGUUUUAUGUGAUGUGCAUUCUCAUGAUGGCGUUGUCAUUGCUGGGUAUACAUCUGGAGAUGUACGGGUGUGGGACACACGCACCUGGGACUAUGUGGCCCCUUUCCUGGAAUCCGAAUAUGAAGAGGAUGAGCCUGGAAUGCAGCCAUAUGUCUCUUUUGUGAGGAUAAACAGCUCGCUGGCUGUGGCGGCUUAUGAGGAUGGAUUUCUCAAUAUUUGGGACCUGAAGACUGGGAAGUACCCCAUUCAUCGUUUUGAGCAUGAUGCAAGGAUUCAGGCUCUAGCCCUCAGCCGGGAUGACGUCACUAUUGCCACGGCUUCUGCCUUUGAUGUCGUGAUGUUGUACCCCAAUGACGAGGGCUACUGGCAAGUAGCUGCCGAAUUUGAAGUUCAGAAACUGGUUGACUACCUUGAAAUAGUUCCAGAUACAGGACGGUACCCUGUGGCAAUAGCCGCAGCUGGAGAUCUGGUAUACCUGUUAAAAGCCGAAGACUCAGCCAGAACCCUCCACUAUGUCUAUGGCCAGCCCGUCACUUGUCUAGACGUCUCUGACAGCCAGGUUGCCUUUGGCGUGAAGAGUCUGGGAUGGGUGUAUGAAGGAAACAAGAUCCUGGUGUACAGCGUGGAAGCAGAGCGGUGCCUGUCAAAGCUCGGAAAUGCACUUGGUGACUUCACCUGCGUCAACUUCAGGGACAGCCCUCCCCACCUCAUGGUCAGCGGCAACAUGGACAGGAGGGUGAGGAUCCAUGACCUCCGCACAGAUAAAAUCGCCCUGUCCCUCUCCGCUCACCAGCUGGGGGUCUCUGCCGUCCAGAUGGACGACUGGAAGAUUGUGAGUGGAGGCGAGGAAGGCCUGGUGUCUGUGUGGGAUUAUCGCAUGAACCAGAAGCUGUGGGAGGCCCACUCCAGACACCCUGUGCGCCACGUAGCCUUCAACAACCACAGCCUCGUCACAGCCCACGUGCCCUAUGAGAGGGUGGUGCGCAACUCCGACCUGGACAACUUCGCCACACACAGGAGACACCGGGGGCUGAUCCAUGCCUACGAGUUUGCGGUGGACCAGCUGGCCCUUCAGAGCCCUCUUCCUGUCUGCCGCUCGUCCUGUGACGUCAUGGCUGCGUACAACUACGACCUCGCACUGGCCUUUCCCUAUGACAGUGUGUAGGGAGUCACCCCACCUGGGAGUAGAGAGAACACGGGGCAGGUAAUUUUAUCCAUUUACCACAGUGCCCUGCACUGGGUGGCAAAGGUUUGAGCCGCCUGCUGCCCCCCACCCUGGAGCUUAUCAGCAGGCUUUGUUCAUCUUGCUCUGUUCGCUCUCUCUCUCCAGUGGCUUUGAAUAUCACACACUAAUGACUCAAACUGAACUUCCUUCCACAUGCUGCCCGGCCUGGCCUAUCUGGGACCUGACACCCUCCCUGGCCUCGUCCUGGGCACUGGGACCUCAGCUCCACAAGGCCCAGUGGACUCUUUCUCCCUGGAGUCCUUGAGGUGCCCCAGCCUCGGCACCUCCUUCCUUUGGGUCGCAGAUCCUACUCAGGCACUGAGGAUCAGUGAGCUGUACCCCGCUCCACCACCACCCAAUGUACACUUAGCAAGCAGUGCUUUUUCUGGAUAGAUUUUACCAUGGCUCAUAGUUAUAUAUUUAUACAGUUAUUUCAUGGGGACUAUUUUGCGUUGACACACAGUAAACAUUUUCUA